CAUUAAAUGUUACGUAUCAGACAGGGAACGUGCAUUUGGCCUUUUGCUGCUGCUUCAGAUGACUCAUGGCAAAAUAUUUCCCAUUUGUGGUGAAGCUUUAACCCGUUUGCCUCUAAUCCGUGGGCAGACUUAAGGCAUGUGAGCUGGAGAAUUUUGGGGUGUUGCCAUGUCUGAACUCCCAUCGAGUAUUAGACAGUAACAAAAAUUCGGCAGGACUUGGUUGACCAGAAGGGCGGGAGGGUUUUGCUCUUACCGCAUCCCAGGACAACGUUUCAAUAAUGUUUGGUUGAUAUCCCUUCAGUUCAGCUAUUACUCAGUGACCCGCACAUGACUUUUGAGUUCAGAAGCCAUAAUCGUUCCAGUUUUGCCACCUUUGCAAAAACACUUCUCCCUGUUCCAACCCGCCCAUCCUAAGCUUUCCGUGAGUGCUCCCAGCCAUGUUGUCCCGCAGGAAAGUCACCGUUUACCACCACAAAGAGCUCUGAUGCCGCUGCCAGGAGCAGCUUUCAGCUGUGCCGUGGACCCGUGAUGUUUCUACAACACAGCGUGCUGUCUCCUGAUAAGCUGUCGGACAUGGCGAACACCGCCCUGUUCCUGGUGGGGACAAAUCACCUCCUGUUGUGUUCCUGCCAUCCAACGUUCCUGGCUGGCCCCUGGAAACCUACCACACCUCUGUAGGUUAGCCAAAAAUGGUUGCCAGGAGGAGCGUUGCAACUCUGGAUGAACAUCUACCGCGUGCUGAAUUCAGGUGAAGCCACUCUGAGCCUGCGUUUGGAAGGAGCUCAGGCAAGAUCGGGUAUUAAAGCUGGAAGAAACGGCGCUGUGAGACCACGUGGAGGACCCCAUGAGAGGCGAGGAAGGGAAAUCCAGCCAGGCUUGAGGCUAGUUUUCUUGAGUGGAGUGGGCAACAGUGAAGGACUGCUGAUGGAGUGGUAUGUCCUUCCCCUCCGCCGUCUGUGGGAAAGCCAGAGCUACGAUAAAUUCAGGGUGAAAAUGAGGAUUGAGAGAAAAGAAAGGAAAGCAAAGGGACAGAACAGACGACACAAAAUGAGAAGAGGAAGAAGUUGGAGGACCCUUGGUUUUGGGAAAGAGGAUGAUCUGUGGGAAACCUUUCGUCUUAUGGGAAGUGCUUGACUCAGAGGGCUAUAACAGCAAUAAUUUUCAAGCUGAGCUUCUCAGCUUGAAACAGGUUUCGAGCCAGGAGACGUUCCCCGCAGGCGCUGGGACACCCGAGGGAUCUCAGUGCCCCCACCAUGUGUGGGAAGAGGUCCAAGUGCUCCUUCUCCCGCCUGGAGGUGAUCCUCAUCGUUUGCCUGGUGCUGAUGAUAGCGGUGACCGCGGUGCUCCUCAUCCUCCACUUUCUCGUCAAAGAGAACGAUUCCAGCGAAGUAAUAGCAAACUACUUACUGGGCGUAGGUCGAGCUGACUGCACAGGACCUGUGGCAGAAAUUCCUCUAAUGGGAUAUGCCAACCCAGACCAGGUGGGUGGUGGGCUUCUCACGCGCCUCUACAGCCGAGCCUUCAUUGUGGCAGACCUUGUUGACUCCAGGCGAGUAGUGUUCGUCAGCGCCGACAUAGGAAUGGUGUCUCAGAGAGUGAGGCUGGAGGUGCUCAAGAAACUGAAGAGCAAGUACGGCAAUCUGUACCGACAGGACAACGUCAUCCUCAGCGGCACCCACACGCACUCGGGGCCUGGUGGCUACUUCCAGUACACGCUCUUCUGGAUCACUAGCAAAGGGCUGAUCAGACCGUCCCUCAAUGCUAUCGUGAAUGGCAUCGUAAAGAGUAUUGAUAUAGCGCAUCAGAACAUGAAGAGAGGAAGGCUUUUUAUAAACAGAGGCACUGUAGAAAACAGUCAGAUCAACCGAAGCCCUUUCUCUUAUCUUGAGAAUCCAGCAUCUGAGCGAAGCAGGUAUUCAUCCAACACAGAUAAAGAAAUGGUGAUACUGAAGAUGGUAGACAGGAACGGAGAGGAGCUAGGACUUAUCAGCUGGUUUGCCGUGCACCCGGUCAGCAUGAACAACACAAACCACCUUGUGAACAGCGACAACAUGGGCUACGCGUCUUACUUGUUCGAACAGGAGAAGAACAAGGGGAUGCUUCCUGGAGAGGGCUCUUUCGUUGCUGCCUUUGCCUCCUCCAACUUGGGAGAUGUGUCACCCAACACCAAAGGCCCGAUCUGCGUAAACACGGGGGAGUCGUGCAACAACCCACAGAGCACCUGUCCCGUGGGGGGGGCGACGAUGUGCAUGGCCAUGGGUCCUGGCAGUGACAUGUUUGACAGUACAAGAAUUAUAGGGCAAAAUAUCUACUUGAAAGCAAAGGAGCUGUACGAAAAAGCUUCCCAGGAGGUCAAAGGACCCCUCAGCUCAGCUCACCAGUGGGUGAACAUGAGUGAUGUCUCGGUGGAGCUCAAUGCCACACACACGGUUAAAACUUGUAAACCAGCCUUAGGAUACAGCUUUGCCGCCGGGACUAUUGAUGGAGUGGGAGCUUUCAACUUCACACAAGGCUCAGUAGAAGGGGACCCAUUUUGGGAUGGAAUCCGGGACCAGCUGCUGGGAGAGCCAUCCAAUGAAACGAAGGCCUGCCACAAACCCAAGCCAAUCCUCUUUAGCACUGGAGAGAUGACUCGGCCUCACCCAUGGCACCCUGACAUCGUGGAUGUUCAGAUUGCUGCCAUCGGAUCACUGGCAAUUGUUGCUGUGCCUGGAGAAUUCACGACCAUGUCUGGACGCAGGCUACGGGAAGCUGUUAAAAGAGAAUUUGAUUCUCACGGUGCAGCACGAAUGGAUGUCGUAAUUGCAGGUCUGUGCAAUGUCUACACCCAUUACAUUACCACCUAUGAAGAAUACCAGGCUCAACGAUAUGAGGCUGCAUCGACUAUUUAUGGACCGCACACCCUUUCUGCUUAUAUUCAACUGUACAGAGGACUUGCAAAGGCUAUUGCUACGGAUACAGUUCAGGAUUUGCCACAUGGUCCAGAGCCCCCACUUUUCAACGUGGGUAACUUGACUUUGGUGCCUGCUCUCACUGCCGAUCGCACACCAGCGAACAAGACGUUUGGGGACGUGCUACAAGAAGUGAGACAACAGUAUCAAGCGAGAGAAGUUGCUGAAGUAACUUUUGUGGGCGCAAACCCCAGGAGCUCCGCAGAGAAUGCGACUGAACACAACUUCCUGACGGUGGAGAGAUACACCAGAACUUCAGACAGCUGGCACGUGGUACGGAACGAUGCCUCCUGGGACACCAGGUUUUAUUGGACCAAAGGGUUAUUUGGUCGGAGCAAUGUGACUAUUGAAUGGCACAUCCCUCCCGGCACAGAGCCAGGCAUCUACAGGAUACGGUACCUUGGGCACUACAAGAAAAAACUGUCCAUCACUCACUCGGUCUCUAUUCCAUUUGAAGGCACAUCUUCAGCAUUUGAAAUCACAACUCUGUAGGUGAUCUCGUUCAUUAAUGGAAUUGUUUCCUAGGAGCAGUAGGUUUGUUAUCUGCGAUGUUCACAAAGCAUGCCUAGGAGUUUUUUUUGCCAUCCCUCGAGCGCCGCUGGUCAUCCUUUGCUGUGCAAAGCUUGACUUCCUGCGAAGUUUUGACUAUUACCAGCAAUUCGGUCUCACUAGUCCAAUAUAUUCUCAUUCAAGCGG